AUGAAGGUGGAUGGGGAUAAUGACAUGCGCAGAAGCAGUCGCUUGUUGGGAAAGAAAUACAAUCUCCCUGAGCCACUUGAUGAUGAUGAAGGUGAUGAUGGUUAUUGUCCGGACAACGAUACUGAAGAUGACAUACCACUCUCACACACAAAGCCUUUGAGAAGAGCCAAAGUUGCUAAGGUCGACAAGGUUUCAGCCCUUCUACAUGUGUUUUAUGAGGAGUCUGAAGAGCACAGUGAACCUGCUGAAGAGUUAGAAGACUCUUCUCGUGUUAUGCAAGAGAAUGAACAGCAAGACAUUAAGUUAAUUGAAGAGGUGUUUGCUGCAAAUGAUGGUGCUCCUGUGGCGCUGCAAUAUUUUCAGCAAAAGAACCUUAGUGCAACGAAACUCAAGCUAUCACGCAUUGUUGCUGAGGUUAAGAUGCAGAUGAAGCGACAGGAUCCAAAGGCAUUGCAGCAAGUGGCUACAUUUCUUGCAAACUUCAAUAAUGGUCGUCAGCGUAUGAGCGCUGGGUUUGCCUUGGAUCUCUCUCGGAUAUGGUCACUAUUGAACAUGCUUACCAGAAAGCUCGAUAUUCGUGACUGGGAUUUGAUGCUAUCUCAUCAGCAGCUUAUGUUAUCAGCAGCAGCCGCUUGGUACUGGCUAGAUCACAGUUGCAUGGAGCAUUGUGCCAAAUUUCUUGCUUUCCAUGUCAAUACCAGUCUUCCUCCCACAGACUGGCUAUCUGCUCUGACUAUGGCAGUCUAUACUCAUCUCUCUACUGGCGACUCUGUGGAUUUAAACCCAACAUCAUUCAUUCCAGGUCUUGACAACAUGCCUUCCUAUCUAUUAUCCACCUUCCUGACAUUUAAAGGCAAAAAGUUGCAAGUCCGUACGCUUCGAUUGGUUUAUAUCAUUGUACGCCAGUGGCUUUCUUAUCCAAACAACACCUAUCUCGCACAAGGGGCUUUUGUUUAUCGCCUCGUCGACACCUUUCAAACUCAACGUAUGCUUCUUUUGGAAGGUGUCUGGCAUGCCUUCAGCUUCGUCAAGAAGGCCGUUCUUAAUACCCCUUCGAUGCGGCACAGUUCUAUUCGUGUUAAUAUGCUGGAUGGCUUUUUCAAGAAACUCCAAGAGUUGCCAAUCCUGACGCCUCACAGUUCUGAAUAUAACACAUUCAAGGACAUCAUUGGUGAUGCAGAACGUUGCGUUACAUCUCAUCGCAAAACUAAACCUGCUCCCUCCAAUCCUUCUCCCAAUGUACACCCUGUCCCUAUCGCAUCAUCUUCUACACCUUCAACCUAUAGUCCAGAACUGCACCGUCUACUGAAGUUUGUCAAGGAUCUUUUGCCGCUAUGUCUGGAGACUUCGCCUUCCUCACCUACUUGUAUUCAAGCGCACAUUCUCAAAGACCUGGACAAAUUUUUCCCUUUCCGCGAGCAUGCACCUACAAAACUCAGCGUAUCUGGCCCGAAUGGUCCACUGCAUCCAGAUAAUAUUAACAAGCCUGGCGGCUUUGCCAGUGUACUGUGUUGGUGUGGAGUGACCUUUGGUUGCAAAGCUGCGGUUGAGAAGGAGGUCUUCUUUCCUGAUCUUGAAGCCUUCCAGGCCAUGUGUCGUUCUUGUCCAUCAGAUGAUCCUAAGUUCCUUUGCAAGAAGACUGCCUAUGGUUCAGCAAUUGGUGGACGCGGGCCUGAGCAUGCUCCUGCCUACUUUGCUGCAGAGAAGGAGUGGAAGAAGUUGUUUGACGAUCCUUCUAUGGUCGAUGCCAAUGGUCAGCUUGGAUUCACCAUAUUUUAUCAGUGGACCCACUGGAGACCUAUGUCAUGCUGGCAAAGUUCGGAUGCCUAG